UUCAUUGGGCUCAUCCCCGUAUUUCUGCUGGUUGAUUUGCUGACUGGACUCCCGGCGUCAUGGCUUCCUCCGGGGUGGCUGCUGGUCGACAGACCGAGGAUGCGUUACCGCCGCCGUCCGAGCCGCCGCUGCCGGAGACCAAGCCGCUGCCGCCUCCUCAGCCGCCACCGCCGGUCGCUGCGCCUCAGCCGCAGCAGUCCCCGGCGCCGCGGCCUCAGUCACCCGCCCGCGUGAAGGAGGAGGAAAACUACUCCUUUUUACCUUUGGUUCACAAUAUCAUCAAAUGCAUGGACAAGGACAGCCCGGAUGUCCACCAGGACCUGAACGCCCUCAAAACCAAGUUCCAGGAGAUGCGGAAGCUCAUCAGCACCAUGCCUGGCAUCCACCUGAGCCCUGAGCAGCAGCAGCAACAGCUGCAUAGCCUUCGGGAGCAAGUCAGGACCAAGAAUGAACUUCUGCAGAAAUACAAGAGUCUCUGCAUGUUUGAAAUCCCCAAGGAGUAGAAUGAGACUGACUUCCAGGAAUGCCGCACUAGGAAGGAGGAAAGCAAGUGGCCUGUUUCCCCGCCAUACUCUUGAAGCUCAGUCCCUUCAGACCCCAGCUCUGAACUGUGUAGCCAAGUGGGGCUGUUGUACUGCUCCAAGAACUGAGCUUGGCACUGACUAUGUGGGGAGCCAGCAUGCAAGCUUGGCUUUGCUGGGGCUUCCUUGUAUAUAUACAUAUGUCUAGAUGCAAAAUAACUUGAAUGCCUGCUGGUGGAAGUAAGAAUAUUCCUGGAGGCUGGGGGGGUGUGGGGGUGUGGAGGACUCCCCUGCCUCUGAGGAGGGGGCCAUCUGCUGUGUGUUGGGCCCCACUGGCAGAUCUGAAGACACAGCAGGGAAGGAGGGGGCUCCUUUCUUCUUUCCCUCCUGCUCCUCUCCCCUCACCCCUUAGGAUCAGUGUGUAUCAGGUACAUAUUGUUCUUCUUGACAGCAAUUUCAUGACAUGUUUGCAUAUGGCAUGGAUUUAAUGUGCUUAAAAAAGAGGCUGUGAAAGAAUGAACAUUGUUUUGAAAGGCCAGAGGGAGGCUUUUUCCUCCAAAACAGUUUUGGUUCCAUUUAUGGUUGAGCCAGUGAACAGAACAGUAUCUGUGGGCGUGUCAGCCCAGAGCCCUGCCAGGCAGCCCUUGUCUCCAAGUUCUCUGCUUCCUACGUGUUCUCCUUACAUUUAGCUCUUGCUCCCUUUGUCUUCUGUCACCUUCAGUUAGUGCCCCAGAAUGGCCAAGCCACUUCACACCCUCAUUGCUUCCCCAGAUUAGAGAGGUGCUGUACUUUCUAUGCAGGCUCAAACAGAUUUUCAGGCGAGCAGACCUUUUGGCACUUCAGAUUCACAUUGCUCUGGUUUAAAAAAUUAUU